AUGUUUCGGCAGAUCUGGACGAAUUUGGAAGACACUCCUCUACAAUGCGUUUUGUGGACGUCACCUGAUGGGAAGGUUUCCACAUACGAACUUCUAACCGUGACGUACGGCACCAAAUCUGCCCCAUAUCUCGCCACUCGGACCUUGAAACAGCUGGCGUCCAAUGAGCGGGACAGGUUUCCUCUAGCAGUACCAACUAUUGAAGAGGACGUGUAUAUGGACGACGUUAUCUCUGGAGCAGACGACGUCGAAUCUGCGAUCGAAUUGAGAAGGCAAGUCGACGCAAUGAUGAUCAGCGGUGGAUUCAAACUGCGAAAGUGGGCUUCCAACCGCCCGGAAGUACUACAAGGAAUUCCAAGGGAAAAUCUGGCGUUACCUGAUUCGAACGGCAUUGAUUGGGACCAAGAUGCAGAGGUGAAGGCAUUGGGCUUAACAUGGCUUCUCAACGUAGACCAAUUCCGUUUCAAGUACGACAUUCCUCCUAUCAACGAGCAUCAGAUCCUCACGAAACGGCAGGUGCUGUGUUUCAUAGCGAGACUUUUCGAUCCACUAGGCCUACUUGGAGCAACCAUAACUUCUGCCAAGAUCUUCAUGCAGCGGCUUUGGUGUCUAAAGAACGAACAAGGUCAGAAUCUUCAAUGGGACGACCCACUACCCGAAAUGGUGGGUGAGGAAUGGCGAACAUUCCACCAGCAACUUCCUUCGCUGAACAAACUUCGGAUUCCACGAUGCGUCAUCGGUUCAGAUUCAGUAUCCGUAGAAUAUCACUGUUUCUCGGAUGCCUCAACAGUCGCUUACGGUGCGACAAUCUACGUUCGGAGCCAAAGAGACGAUGGCGCGGUUUCGGUUCACCUUUUGACCUCGAAAUCAAAGGUGGCACCCCUCAAGGUGCAGUCUCUACCUCGGUUGGAGCUCUGCGGCGCACUUUUGGCAGCUCAACUUUGGGAAAAGGUAGCAGAAUCGCUGAAAACAGAUGGCCGAGUUCAAUUUUGGACGGAUUCGACAUGCGUACUGCAUUGGAUAAGGUCACCACCGGGAACAUGGACAACUUUCGUCGCGAAUAGAGUUGCGAAAAUUCAAGGUUUGACGGAAGCAGGUCAAUGGAGACACGUUCCUGGAAUUACAAACCCUGCUGAUCUGAUCUCGCGUGGAAUCUCGCCGAACAACAUCAUUGGGAAUGAUUUGUGGUGGUAUGGACCUACCUGGCUGCUGGAUACUCCUGAAAAUUUUCCCAAACCCGUGGAGAACACCCCAGAAGAAGAGUUGGAGAAACGACGCAAUGUGAUGGCUUGUGCUUCGUCGAAAGAAAUUGGGUUCAUUUCGGAUCUUUUAUCAAAGUUUUCAUCGUUUACGAGGUUAAUACGGAUGACCGCAUACUGGUUGCGCUUCCUGAACAACUUACGGUGCUCAGCGGAUGUGAAACGGACAGGAUUUCUAUCUAGUUUUGAACUACAAGCUGCGGAGCAGGUGAUCAUUCGGAAGGUUCAGGAGGAGUCGUUCCCAGAGGAGAUCAGCAAGUUGUCAGUUGACACACCGGUGGCACGAAAUUCCCCUCUGCGGUGGUUCAAUCCUCGAAUGGACGAAAGAGGUAUCUUACGGGUCGGUGGUAGAUUAACUCAUUCUGCAGAGCCGCCGCAAAUGAAACAUCCGAUUGUCUUACCGGCGAGACACGCUUUAACUGAGUUGAUUCUUCGCCAUUUUCAUCAAAUGUACCUGCACGCCGGGCCCCAAUUACUACUAGGUACAGUUCGGCAACGGUACUGGCCACUAGGAGGCAGAAACUUGGCAAAAAAGGUCGUUCAUCAGUGUCAACGAUGCUUCCGUGCAAAACCGUCCGUAAUUCAGCAGCAGAUGGGAGAACUGCCGGCUGCCAGAGUCACAGUUUCACGUCCGUUCUCAAAAACUGGCGUAGAUUACUUUGGUCCUGUGUAUCUGCGAGCUGGUCGAGGACGAAAACCGACCAAGGCGUAUGUCGCAAUCUUCGUGUGUAUGGCCACGAAGGCCGUGCAUAUGGAAUUGGUGUCAGACCUGUCUACGGAGCGGUUUCUACAGGCUUUGCGACGAUUUUUUGCGCGCCGGGGCCGUUGCACCGAUGUCUACUCAGAUAACGGGACGAAUUUUGUGGGAGCGAGGAACCAAAUGCAGGAGCUAUUCGAGUUGCUGAAAAACAAGGCACAUCGUGAGAUCAUUUCGAGCCAAUGCGCGAACGAGGAUAUAUACUGGCACUUCAACCCUCCAAGUGCCCCACAUUUUGGAGGUUUAUGGGAAGCAGCGGUUCGCUCAGCGAAAUUUCACUUGCUAAGAGUCCUCGGAGGAAACCCUGUGUCCCAGGAAGAUUUCAGCACUUUGUUGACGCAGGUUGAAGGGUGCUUGAACUCAAGACCAUUGACUGCCCUAUCAGACGAUCCUUUGGAUUUAGAACCGCUAACACCGGCACAUUUUUUGAUUGGAGGAUCGUUAUUAGCACUUCCCGAUCCUGAUCUUGGUAAUAUCCAGCUCAAUCGGUUGACGCAGUUCCAAUUAAUUCAGAGGCAGCUACAGGACUUCUGGAAACGUUGGUGUCUACUCUCGCUGGGUCGACAGAAGGAAGAGGAAUCACCUCUGGACACCGCUCUAAGAGAUUCGGGGCCGCCAGCCGAUCGGCAUAAACAAAGCCUUCCACAGGAAUGGCGACAGUUGGUCAGCGACGAGCAGGUUUGGGACGAUUGGGCACACGGAUCGCGGGUGGCGGUCGUACCACCGGACAUCACCGAACCACACUCUACCAGGAGAGCCGCCGGGGGAGUUAGGCCCUGGCAAAGGCGAAUCGAGACGGAUCCGAGCACACCGGCGCGACGCUGGCACGGCGGAGUUUGA